AGAAUUAUUUAAAAGCAGAUCCUUGCUUUGGGCUUUUGUUUAAAGGUGGAAUUUAUAUUCUCCAUUCUCUUCACAUUUGUAAUAUUUGCUCUGUGAGCAUAGGACUGACUGACUGAUGACUGUUUAAUGGUGUUAAUUAAGUAGCGUUAACCCUGGGGUCUUUAAAAAUGCCAGCGUGUGUCAUCUUGGUGUUCAGCCCCAAUGAAUUUCAAUUCACUCUUAAGAUAUUUAGAUUUUCCAGAUAGUUAAAACUCCCUGAAAGAUUGUUUGCAGGUGACAUGUCAAAGGCAUUCUGAGUUACAACUGGAAACCAAAUAACAGCUACAUCUAGAAAAUGGAAUAUUUUCUGGUAGGGUCAGCGUCGUGCAUCAGGGAUGCAGAGGUGGGGAGGGAAGAGAGGACCAGGGACCCUGGGAGAGCCACUGGAUCCAUUUAGCUUUGCUCUGCCAGACCUUUAUUUAACUCAUCACCUGCAGUUCUUGGUUGUACCCGUCCCCCAUCCGGGUGCUUCAGUGUUGGCAGCUGCUUUGUUUUGGGUUGUUUUGGGGGGUUUUGAAUACUGGCUUGAAAUAUCAUUUGUACUUUCCUGAAACGACUCCGGGGCUUUGAGUUCUGGCAGAUGAUUGGCUUUGUCUCUGCAGGGGCCUCAUUUAGCUCAGCCCAUGAGCACUCGGAAAUGACACGCUGGUGACAGCCUCCCCAGCAGUUGGUGUUGCAAAUAGUUCAGCUGUGAGCGUAGAGGAGUAAUUGUUGUGAGGUGCCUUCCUGCCGGGACAAGUGAGGGCACCCCGAAGAAAUUACAGGGGAGAAUCAAAGGAAUCUACUGGAGUAGGGUCUGAGCUGCUCAUGUAAAACAAACAACCCAAAACAAACAGAACUCAAACUAAACAAAAAUCCCCACCCCAACCCAACAAUGUUUUGUAACUAAACUUAAAUAUACAAACUCCUUCUUCAAACUCCCACCCAUUACUUCACACGGGUGGGAGUUACUUCACACUCACUUGAAACAAAAGGUAGAGAAAUCAAGCAACUUCUUGUGACAAAAUAAACGGGACUUCACAAAGCUUCUGGAAAAGUUCCUGGGGCACUUUAGAGCUCAGAGCCUGCCUGAGGCGCUCUGACAGGUGAUGGGAAAUGUGUGUUUUAUUGACUAUCCCCUUGCUCCACCAGCUGCAGGGACAAAGCCACUCCCUCGGUUUUUGCCAAGGGCAAAGGAUUCAUCUAACCGAUGCUUUGCCACCUGCUCAUUAGGAGACGGGUCCCGGCUUAGGCAGGGGAAGUUUCUCAGGCUGCAGUGGCUGUGAAGGAGAGAAAAGCACUUGGCCCAGUUCUGUGAGCCCCUCCACCGGGCUGUGCCUUCGGGACCUUCUGUCCCACCUGGCCCUGCCACCGGGGCUUGCUGCAAACUCAGCGGAGAUGCUGAAAUCCCUUUGCAUUGAACAGAGCAGCACCAGCAGAUAAAAGGUGUGCAGUCCACUUUUAUAUUUUCGAGAUAAAAAUGUUGAAGAAUAAAGUUGUGUAUGACAGGUGGAAGGGCACAUUUACCAGCCUAUAAAGUCUUUGAGAGUAGCUACAUCAUCAAUCCCUCCACUCUUCCCCUUUCAAGACCAAAAUGAGCCCAUUCCUGAAGAACACACUGUCAUGAUUUUUCUUCUGGAAGAGGCUGUGUUGGCCGUGUCCCACAAUAAGCUGAACCUGGGUUGCUGAGUUUUUUUCCUUUUUAAAUUAUAUCAGCACACUGAGAAACCUGUAAAUGUGUUUUAAAGGCUCUGAGGAGUACAGUGAUUUAAAUGCUUUCUUCCAGAUCAAUAUUAUUGUGCCUUUUUGAAAAUUGAUAGUACAGAAUUACAGCGUGUACACUCUGGGGGGUUCUCAGUGUUUUUAAAAUUAAGCUGUGCUAUUUUUGUGCUCAUCUGUAUGAGCUGCCAGUUUUCAUGCAAAUAAUGGAUUCUUAAAAUAACUGAAUAUACAGAAGCACUGUUGAGUUUCCUUCAGAGGAGAGCCUUCACCUCAACGCAGCAGCUUGAUUUUAGUACAUUUUUAGUAGGUUAAAUUGUAUCUUUGCAGGCCAACGCUUCUUGUACAGCCUGGGAUGGUUCGAGGAUCCAUUUCAGCGGGGAUCCAUGCUGCAGUCUAAAAUGCUUCCAGCGUGAACACAGUCCCAACUUAAACCCUUGUGCGAGUCGGGGUGCAGCUCCCGCUUGCCUUUGGCUGUCGCUUUGGCACAGGCUCUCAGCGCUCGAGUGCCGAGGCGAAGCUGCAGAGCCCGACCCGUGCAGAUGGAUCGCACUGUGGAAUUUGCUUUCGCGCCAGCCAAGGGCCGGGAGCGGGGCUGGCGUGCGGGAAUGAGGAGCGGAGGGAUCAUCGCUACACCCAGCAGCCCGAAUCCAAACAAACUGUGUCCACUAAGCUGCCCUGAAACUGCCCGAACAGAUCCGCCCUGCAAAUAACGGCCCCCAGUUCUGGCUCUGUAAAUAUUUUUCUUUUCAUGAAAAGCGUCAGCCGAGUCGGAUCCUGCCCUCUCCCUCCCCGAUAUCCGAGGUAUUUAUUAUUUUUCUCGCAGCAAGCGCAGCCGCAGGGUCCAAAGUUGCAGCCGGGAGCAGGAACGCGACCGCCCCCGAGCCCGGCGAUGCGGGGUCGGGCCGCAGUGCUGAAUCACGGCGGGGGGAAGGAGAAGGGGGAGAAGGGGAAGGGGAAAAGGGGAAGGGGGGAAAGGGGAAAAAGGGGCAGGGGGGCGGUGCCGGCUGCUCACGUCACUGUUAUGUCUCCGCGGCUCCGCCGGGGCGGGGACAGCGCCAGCGGCGGGCGGGAGGCGGGGGGGCCGCGGCCCCGCUCCCCUGACAGCCCCCGCUCCCCUCCCUCGCUGCCCAGCCCGGCCUCCGGCUCGGCGCUCCCGGGAAGAUGUGGGUGAAGCUGUGCUGUUUGCUGCUCUACUUCCUGGCGCUCUUCGUGCUGGCCCGGGUGUUCGAGGCCGUGGCGUGGUACGAGAGCGGCUUCCUCGCCACGCAGCUGGUGGACCCGGUGGCGCUGAGCUUCAGGAAGCUGCGGACCAUCCUGGAGUGCCGCGGGCUGGGGCACUCGGGGCUGCCCGAGAAGAAGGAUGUGCGGGAGCUGGUGGAGAAGUCAGGAGACCUCAUGGAAGGAGAGCUUUAUUCAGCUCUCAAGGAGGAAGAGGCUUCUGAAUCAGUUUCCAGUACAAACUUCAGUGGUGAAAUGCACUUCUAUGAGCUUGUAGAAGACACGAAAGAUGGGAUCUGGCUGGUACAGGUCAUAGCAAACGGCAGAAACCCACUGGUGGGUAAAGUCCACUGGGAGAAAAUGGUGAAGAAAGUCUCAAGAUUCGGCAUACGUACUGGCACUUUUAACUGUUCCAGUGACCCCAGAUACUGCAAGAGGAGGGGUUGGCUGAAAUCCACCCUCAUUAUGUCGGUUCCACAAACCAGUACCUCCAAGGGAAAAGUCAUGCUUAAGGAAUACAGCGGGCGCAAGGUUGAAGUGGAGCACAUCUUCAAAUGGAUCACAGCCCACGCUGCCUCUCGCAUCAAAACCAUCUACAGCUCCCAACAUUUGAAAGAAGAAUGGAACAAAAGUGACCAGUACCGGGUGAAAAUAUACCUGUUUGCCAACCUCGACCAGCCUCCGGCGUUCUUCUCUGCACUAAGUGUAAAGUUUACUGGAAGAGUAGAGUUUAUUUUUGUGAAUGUGGAAAACUGGGACAAUAAAAGUUACAUGGCAGAAAUUGGUAUCUACAAGACACCAUCAUACAUACUUAGGACUCCUGAGGGGAUUUACAGGUAUGGAAAUAACACUGGUGAAUUUAUAUCGCUACGUGCCAUGGAUUCCUUUUUGCGCUCAUUGCAACCAGAAGUUAACGAUUUAUUUGUUUUAAGUUUAGUUUUGGUUAAUCUGAUGGCUUGGAUGGACCUGUUUAUUACACAAGGCGCCACUAUAAAGCGUUUUGUGGUUCUUAUAAGCACUUUAGGGACGUAUAAUUCACUAUUAAUUAUUUCCUGGCUACCAGUGUUAGGUUUUUUGCAAUUGCCCUACUUAGACAGCUUUUAUGAGUACAGUUUAAAACUCUUCAGGUACUCUAACACAACUACUUUGGCUUCUUGGGUGAGGGCAGAUUGGAUGUUCUACUCUUCUCAUCCAGCCCUCUUCCUCAGCACGUACCUUGGCCAUGGUUUAUUGAUUGAUUACUUUGAGAAGAAGCGAAGGCGCAAUAACAACACAGAUGAAGUAAAUGCUAAUAACCUGGAGUGGCUGUCGAGCCUGUGGGACUGGUACACCAGCUACCUGUUUCAUCCCAUUGCUUCUUUUCAACACUUCCCUUUUGACUCAGAUUGGGAUGAAGACCCAGAUUUGUUCUUGGAGCGGUUGGCCUUCCCCGAUCUCUGGCUUCACCCUCUGAUACCAACUGAUUAUAUAAAAAAUUUACCCAUGUGGAGGUUUCAGUGCCUCGGCACCCAUUCUGAUGAGGAAAUGCUGGAAACCUUUGCAGACAGCGAAAGUGACUCUGACAGUGAAAACAAAGAGGUCUUCAGUAGCGACAGGGAAGUGUCGGAGGACGAUGAGCUGAGCACGUGCCACAGGUGCAGCGAAGGGGAGCGUGGCUGCGGUGCUGAGGCCUGUCCGUGUGCCAGCCACUACUGCCACCACGAGCCAUGCCAACGCAGAGCCAGCUCCUGCAGCUCAUACGGCUCCGCAGGUGACCUGGAGCCAGACUGGUCAGCCUGGCCCUCCGACAUGUUGCACUGUACGGAGUGUGUGGUGUGUCUAGAGAAUUUUGCAAAGGGCUGCCUGCUGAUGGGCUUGCCAUGCGGCCACGUGUUCCACCAGAAUUGCAUCGUCAAGUGGCUGGCGGGUGGGCGGCACUGCUGCCCCGUCUGCAGGUGGGCGUCCUACAAAAAGAAGCAGCCAUACACACACCCGCAGCCUUUGUCGAGUGAGCCCCCGUCUUAGCUGUGUGCCCAUGUCCUUUGUAAGCUUUCAGGAUAUUACUGCUUGCCUUUUCAAUGUUAGUCACUUAAAAGAUUACGUGGUUUGAAGUUUUAGUUUAAAUGUUAGUGCAGUGAACUAAAAUAUACAUGAUGCUAACGUUAAUGACAGAAUCAUUUGGUUGCCUUGUAUGUUGAACUGAAUGCAAACUUACCAUACAAAUAACUUGCUCUCUUCAACAUCUGGAAACUUGAUGCUGUUUUUGUAAGCACAAAAAUCAAGCCUACAAGAGAAGCGUAUUCCAGCAAACGUUUACAAGUUAGGAUGUGGGUGAAAUUGAAAUUCUAAUCGGAGACAAUGGCUUAAUUUAAGUGUUUCUUAUUUUAGAGUCUGUUCUGCACAUCUUUGUUGAAUAAUGUAUGUUGUAAGACAGUACCAUUUAAAAAGAAAUUGGUGAAAUAAAUUAUUUUAAAAUCAGA